GCAACGUCAAAAAAAGAAAAGGCGCGAAAGUUCGUUGGAUUUUGUCCGGGUGUUGCCCGAGGAUGUCUGUGACAGUUCUAACCUUUUCUAAUAAAGUUCUUUUUUGUUACUGUUCGUGUUUGCCUGCUUAAUGUUAGAUCUAAACAUCAGUAGGAUUGAAUGACAAAGUGGUGACCCGAACGUGAUCCGAUUAAUGAACUACCUGGACUUUCGACUGAAUUGGAUAGCGAACAACUCUGUGUCUAUGAUGGAACUUUUUUAACAGGAUAUGCAGGUAUGAUCAGUUUCUAAAUCGUAAAUUCGAUAGGAAGACGGUGGGUAAAUCUUACCGAAGACUAGGAGUACGUGACUCAGGCUAAGCUUUAUCCAAGACUAUCCCGCUUUCUUUGUAGCCGCAUAGUUAAGCGCCCGGAAUGGCGGAACAGAACGAGUUGGAAAUCGGACGUGUACAGGCAAAAAUGCCUAUCUUUACUAAAACCAACAUCAAAUUAUUUUUUGUGCAGCUAGACGCGGCUUUUGCCAUUAAUCGGAUUACAAGUGAGAACACUAAGUACAACUAUUUAAUCAAUUCCCUGGACGCGGAGAUUCUAUCUAAUGUUAGUGACUUAGUAUUUGACCGUCCAGCCGAGGCUCCGUUUUCUAAACUUAAAGAUCGACUCCUCGAAAUUUUCCAGAACUCCGCUGCUAAAGAGGCUAAAAUUCUGCUUGAAGAUCUGGCGUUAGGGGAUCAGAAACCCAGCGUUUUACUCCGUAAAAUGAGGGAGCUUUCAGCGGGCAAAAUUACCGAAGAAUUUCUUAGAAACUUGUGGCUCCAACGUCUCCCCAAAAAUAUUCAGACCGUAUUGGCUGUUAGCAGUGAUGAACUAGACAAGCUAGCCAUCCUUGCUGACAAGGUUGCUGAACUUACAGAACCAACCCAACUGGCCAGCAUCAACUUGAAAGACGAAAAUCCCGUAAUCAAAAACCUUGAACUGCAGAUUUUAGAACUCACAAAGAAGGUUGCAGAACUUAAUGUAUCGCGUACUGCUCGUCCCCGUUAUCGUAGUAGAGAGAGAAACCGACAUAACCCGAAUUCGAGGCACCGCGUUAGUUCACGCUCUCGGGGAAGAAGCCUCAGUCGUCAGGGAUAUUGUUACUACCACAGUAAGUUUGGAUCAGCUGCUUGGAAAUGUCGUUCGCCGUGUUCCUUUAAUCGAACUGCUGAUCAGGGAAACGAGAGCAGCCAGCCGCAGUAACGGCCUGUGGGUCCAGUCUGGCUCCUAAAUAUAGCCGUUUGUUUGUGUAUGACAACAAAACUGGCCUAAAUUUCUUAAUUGAUUCUGGAGCAGAUUUAUCGAUCAUUCCCAACCGCACUAAGAAUC